GGCGGGCAACGGUCGUCGGCUGAGGGGAGACGCGGCGCGGGUCCGGAGUCUUGGCCUCUCGGUCGGUCGGUAGGAUGUGAAGAAAAAGUAGACACACUCAAAUCCUCUUUUUUACUUAAUUAAAAAAGACACCUACAUAAACAGGCCUUAAUGAAUCUGCUUUUCACGCAAUGCCUGUCCCCACUUCCUUCUCCUAGUAGAAGAGAGAUGCCUUUGAAAGGUGUUCUCCUAAGCAACAUCCCUGGAGGUACGCCGUUAAAGGAUUUUGGGAAAUUUCAAGCAGAUUGCGUUCCUGCUUCAGCAAUGAAGAAAGCUACUUGGCCUUCGGGGGUUCCUGCCAGCCAAAACCUUUGCUUGGAAAAAGGUGGCAAAAGGGGAAACAUUUUCCAGUCCACUUUAAUAGCUGGUGGUACUCAUCCUAAAGAAUUGCUUGACCUCAGCGAGAUAAAGCCAGUUUCUGAAGGAGAACUGAAUGCGCUUGCCUCUUGUCUGAAACCGGAACCUGUGCUACCGACAGGGAAUGUGGCCCUGAAACGUAAAGCUUGCAGGCAAUUAUCCCUCGAGUCUCCUGCAAAAGUCUUCACAAGAAUGAAGACCAGGGCAACUCUUACUAAACAGCAGAAGUUGUUAAACACAGACAUGAUCACAGAUCUUAUCAUCACUCCUGAAAGGCAUCUUACCCCUUUGGUAAAACAAAACAAAAAAUCCACGGCUGAAGAUGAGAUGCCAAAGGAGAGGCUGGCUGAGGAGCCUCUUGGAAAGGCCAGGGAAGAACAAGUGCCCAGCCAUAUUGCAAAGAACAAAAAUGUUUGUUCUGGAAUAAUGAGCCCUCCUGUUUUGGAUUCCCCUCACAAAUUUUUCUCACGUGUAAAGCAGAAGCUGCAGCAGAAACGAUUGGAAAAAGAUGCUUCAUCUUACCAAACCAAGCAAAAUGUCCCUCUUUCACCAGCAGUGAAGCAACCUUUAACUGUAUCCAGUUCACCCAAAAAACUAAAUAAUCUUAAUGAAGAUUGUCUAAACACUUCUGCCAAUGAGGAUGAUGAAUUUAUUGUGGAACCGGUUAAAUUGGACAAUGAAACUUUUAGCAUGGGAGUGAAUGUUAUGGACAUGAGCUUUGAUCUUGUUGAGCCUGGGGAAACCUUGGAAGAAAUGGAACCUGGAAGACUUCCUGAAGAAGGAAGAACAUCACAUCAGUCCAAUCAGAAACCUGCCCCAAGAGGGCAGCAGGAGUUGAAGGCUGGCCCUCAGGCGCUUCCCCAACAUUUGUGUGAUAUUAUUUUUGCUACUCCAAAAGUCCAAAUACCAAGGAAGCAAAAACGAGUGGGGGCAAAUUCAAGCAGUGAUGACACAAACGAGGAGGCUGGGGAAACCUUGGAAGAAAUGGAACCUGGAAGACUUUCUGAAGAAGGAAGAACAUCACAUCAGUCCAAUCAGAAACCUGCCCCAAGAGGGCAGCAGGAGUUGAAGGCUGGCCCUCAGGCGCUUCCCCAACAUCUGUGUGAUAUUAUUUUUGCUACUCCAAAAGUCCAAAUACCAAGGAAGCAAAAACGAGUGGGGGCAAAUUCAAGCAGUGAUGACACAAACGAGGAGGAACAACAGAUGGUCUGCCUCAGUGGAUGGAAAAUCAGAGUGAUCAAUAACAAUACCGCUGUGUGCCUGGAAGGAAAACGGAGGGAUAUGGAUGGCGUUUUCUGGCAUAGCAAUGCCAUUGUGGAACGAAUGGCACCCAACAAAGUUAGGACUUCAUCUGGAAAGGUCUACAAGUUAGAAGGGUGCAUUGAGGCAAGCGCCAUGAAGAAGGAAGGAAUGCCAGUUAAAUUCAUAAAGAGGUUUGAAUCCGGAAUUCCACAAAACUGGAAAAUGUAUGUUGAGGAUCUUCUUCGUUUUCUGAGGAGGAAAGAACAGAGGGCCUUCGCUUCAAGCAUGAAUAGCAAUGAAAGGGAGGACCCUGUGGAGAUGGAGUGCUUAGAAGACAUGCCCAGAAAAGUUGGAAGAAAAUCUAGAACGAAAAGCACCACUUACGUGGCAACACCACAAAGUGUGCAGCCACAAACAUCUCUGCAGAGCAGCCUUGACAGAAGUUGCACCCGCAGUGGCCGGAAGGUUAAGCCACCUAUGCAGUUCUGGUGUGGUGAACGGCUGUUUGUCGAUCAGGCGCUGAAUGUCACUGUGAACAAACCGGGCACCAACUAUUUGAGUCCUACAGUGAGCAGUGCACGACGUCAGGACAGGCACAACAUCACAUCCCACGUGGAAUACAGAGAGGAGAGCUGGAAGGCUUGUGAAGAAGUACCUCCAAGCCAAGCAAAAGGAAGAAAAAGACCUGUAAGCACCAGACAAGCUGAGCCUGCCGAGAAGCAAAAUUCCUGGCACUUGGUUUCUGACCCUGAAGAAAGCGACUAUGAAUCCACCAUCGCUGAUGCUCGCAAGAAGAAGGCUGUUGUUACCCUGACGCCACUGAACUAUACAAAGCUGCGUGAAAAGCCCUCCAGGAAAAGCAGCCAGCCCAGGAGGAAACAAAAGGGGCCAGCCCAGGGAGCGAAAGCAAAUUGCUCCCAAAGAUGUCUAGCUGACAGAGAGCCAGCCGUGUUAAAAUACCCGCUAAGAUCACAGGAACAAGUGAUCUGCCAAAGCGAGCAAGUUGCCGAAAGCUUCUCCAACCCAAGCGAAGAUGAAUCUAGUGAAGAUAUGCAGCGUAUCCAGAGGAAGGUCCAGCCCCCUGUCAAUAGAAGGCCAUCCAACAGACAGCAAAGUGGGGCGGGGAAGCAGCUGCCGGAGCCAAGAGGGUCAGAGCCUCAAAGCAGAAAGUUGAGGGUUGCUCAACCCUCUGGGAAGCAAGACAAGAUGGAAGAGCCAACUUCUCCAGACUUGGCUAGCAGGACUCAGGGGUCACUCAGAAGGAAUGCAAAGUUCAGAAAGUACAGCCCUGGAUCCGAGUCUGAAAGCGAAACGAGCGUUAAAGAGUUUCAAGUGAAAAGGGGAAACUUAAAGGCCCAAAGAGCCAAUAGUGAAAUUUCUAAUACCUUGGCUUUUCCCAGAAAGACACCUGGGAAGAAGCUGUUAGGGAAGGGUGGAGAUUCUUUCCCAGAUGUUAAUGAAGAUUGGACUGAAAAGGAACUGCAGAAACUACACAGGGCUUUGGCUUCUUUGCCCAAACAUAAGAGUGAUUUCUGGCUGCUUGUGUCAACGGCUGUGGGGACACGAUCUGUUGAAGAAUGCCAGCAAAGGUACAUGGAACAGCAGGAAAGCCACAAGCGAGCCCCAAAGAGGACCACCAAGCAGAGAAAGGAAGAAAGAGAGGAGGGGGCGAAGCAGCCAGUGGCCAUUGUUGCAAAAGUGGGAACACUGAAAAGGAAGCAGCAGAUGCGGCACUUCCUGGAACAGAUGCCGAAGGACAACCACGACGACAUCUUCGCUACAACCCCUUUUCAGAACAGGAACAAAAAGUUACCAGAGUUUCGUACCGUCCCAGAGGAUGAUGUCUUCCAGCUGAAAGACAGCCACCCCAUCACUCCCACUUCGGCCAUCUUUCCGUUGGUGAAGACCCCUCAGUGUCAGCACAUCAGCCCUGGCAUGCUGGAAUCCCUGGACAGGAACUACGAAAAGCAUGUGUUCCAUCUGCAAAAGAACAUCAAAGGCAAGGAGCGCACAUGGCACAAUGUGAAGAAGAAGAAGAAGAAACAGGCUGGGACCGCGUUCACCACUCCCAACUCUCGAAGAACGAACGUCUUUGCCUUUGAUGAGCAUAUCAAAGCUGGGGUGGGGCAGCUCUUCCAAGAGGAUGAAGAGAUGCUAUCCGAUGAAGAAGAGGACUUGUAUUUUUCCACGUAGGCAGCCUGCCUGCCUGCAUCUGCAAAGGGCAGUUUGCUAACAGGUCUCAAGUCAUUUUCACAAAGCCCAGUGUUUCUCAAGCCUCUAUUGUUAUGAUUUACGAAAAGGCUUUAGAGUAUUGCAUUCCAUCUUUCUGGAGCCGUGUUAAGGUGCUGCUCAAGUGUUCAGAAUACAAAGAUGUCUACUGCUGCUGUUUGUGGUUGCUCUGUUUUCCUGGGGGAGGGGUCUCAUGCAGAGAGACAUCAGCUCCAGGGAACUAUUUGGCUUUAAGAAGCAAAAUGAUGUUUUUAAAAAUUGCUGUACAAUAAACUUCCAAACGUGGCAUUUAAUAUCAAAAGGAUGCUUACGUUUCCUUUACAGAGCAAAGAAUAGCACUUGCGGUAAAUAUUUUUGUACUAAACUUGUUUCCUCUGUGGCUUUUAAGUGUUUUGAAAAUGUUGAGUGUACCCUUUGUCUGUGUGUACACAGUGUGUCUGUUGCAGAUCUUGACUGGCAGCUUAAAAUUUAAGAAUGAAAUAGGCCAAGUAGCAUUUUCUGGGAAGCAAAAGGACAGUGUCUUCUCUAAGGGUGGGUGGUUGGAGGCCCGAUGGUGAUGGAAAGUGGGUGCCUUUCAUGAGUCCCAGCCUAAUUCUUCAGGUUUAGCCCAAUUGAGAGAUGUAAAGUCAUUGUGGGGAGUUGAGAUUUUGAAAGAAUUGAAAAAAAAAUGGGGGUGGGAAAUGGCAUUCUACAUACGCAAAGUUGCUGUGUGUAACUUGGUUUACCAUAGAAUCAUGUCUGGUAUAUUAAAAGUACUGUUUACUCAAUUGAAUUAUUUUUUAAAUUACAAAUGGAGCUGCAAGCUUUUACCAUCUCAUGGGUCAGUUUAUUUAUUUGGUGUAUUUUCAUGGGUGGCACACUGGUCUAAACCACUGAGCCUCUUGGGCUUCCUGAUCGGAAGGUCGGCGGUUUGAAUCCCUGCAACGGGGUGAGAUUUCUCCUAAGCUUGCCACAAGCAAGGCACAGGCAAAUUUUUCAA